AAGAAGAGGCCAGUUGCAAUGAAUCGAUGGUCCGGUUACCUGCUGGGAUGGAUGACCUUCCUCUACAUCUGGGAGACAAGUGGAGAAAUUCCUAAGCUGAGGUCACUGGGCUAGCACGAGUUCAUGAAACCCUGGCUCCGUAUGUCAAAGGGUCAGAAGGACUCAUGUGUGUUUCCCUUCGUCUACAAGGGGUCUACUUACUUCUCUUGUAUCAAAACCAACAGCCUGUCCCCUUGGUGUUCGACAAAAGCCGUUUACGAUGGACAGUGGAAGUACUGUAUGGAGGAGGAUUACCCACGAUGCAUCUUCCCCUUCAUCUAUCGAGGAAGGUACCAUAACAACUGCAUCACGGAGGGUGGCUUCUUCAGAAAGCUGUGGUGUUCCGUCACCUCCAGCUUUGAUGAGAAGCAGCAGUGGAAAUACUGUGAAACAAAUGAGUAUGGGGGAAAUUCUUUCAGCAAGCCCUGUGUCUUCCCCUCCGUCUACAGAAAUAGCAUGAUCUUUGAAUGCAUUGAGAGUGAAAGCAACAGACUGUGGUGCCCGACCACGGAGAACAUGGAUGAGGACGGGAAGUGGAGCCUCUGUGCCGACACUAGAAUUUCUUCACUGGUUCCUGGCUUUCCCUGCCACUUCCCAUUCAACUACAAAAACAAGAAUUAUUUUAACUGUACCAGCAAAGGAUCAAAGCACAACCUUACGUGGUGUGCAACCUCUUACAACUAUGACCAGGACCACACCUGGGUGUACUGCUGAUGCAAAGGUGAGGUGCAUAGCAUACCUGGGCAAUGCCGCUGUGAAGGUGACAUCCGUCCCUUCCAGCACGAUUCGCUGGGGUUGCCAGCAAGGUGAGCUCCCUGUCCCAGAGAUGAGGUGAAGUGGGGGUGGGGGAGGGACGGGGACAGCUUCCCAGAUUAGUAAGAGGUGGAUGAACCAUUUUGGACCCAGAAAGGUGCCGUGCCAAGUGUUAGGUCUGGGAAGUCUUGGGUGUGCAAAGUAGGAGAAUGGA